AUGGCAAUGGGACCAGAAGGUUGUGUGCAGGAAUCAGCCCUUCAUUUGUUUGUCUACUGUGCUAAGGUGGCACAACUGUGGCACAAGCUGGGGUGGCCACAAAUCAGUUACUUUGCUGGCUGGGUCUUGAGAGAUGAUAAUGGAGUUUUCCUAGCGGCCAAGAAUGAGGAUCCCGGGCUUUAUAUGGCUAAAGAGGCGGAGGCUCUAAGUAUACGAGAGGCUUUGAGUUGUUUUGGUUUUUUAAUUGAGGACAUUAAAGUUUUAGCUUCUGAGAUUGUAGAUGUUGAAUUCUACUGUGUAAAGCGAUCUGCGAAUAGUGCCGCCCAUAUUGUUGCUAGGAGGCCUUUUCUGUGUCAGAAUCCUGGAGUUAAAGUUGGUUGUGACUACUACAGGUCAAUUGACGGUGAUUUCGGUACUAGAGAUGCAACGCACUACACGCCGGGGAAAACCAACACCCCUCAACCAACACUGGAAACCCAACGUGGACACUACAAUCAUACCUGUACUCGGGCAGUGUUUUUAAAUCAGUAUACGAAGGGGUUUGAAUUCUACAAGAUCUACGGGGGAGCUAGUGGUUUUGACGUCAGGCACAGCAGUGUUAAGCGAGAUCGUAGCGGGGAUGUUAUCCGAUGUUCUUUAGUAUGCAGCAGACAAGGAGCCAAAGGAGGAGGUGGGAGGAAACCCACCUUAGACGUCCGUGGUACUAGUAGUAGCAAUAAGCAACGACGGAGAAGGGUUUCUAACAGAGUCGGGUGCAAUGCAAAGCUUGGGUUGAAGAAAAAGAGUACUGGGGAGUUUGUGGUGUCUAAAUUUGUCGAGGACCACAACCAUAGUUUAUGCUCUGAGGGGUUCAGAUUAUGCAGGGAAGUAGCAGGUUCGUUUGAGAACGUUGGUGCAACAUAUGUGGAAUUUCAUAAUUUUAAACGGGACUUGCAAACGUAUGUCGAUGUGGCUGAUGGUGAGAUGAUUAUCGAAAGGUUCAAAACCAAGCGUGAAGCCUGUGACAGUUUCUUUUUCGAUUACCACCUUGACGAAGAGAACCGCAUCGCACGGCUCUUUUGGGCCGACCCUAUUGGUAGGCGGAGUUUUUCUUGUUACGGUGACGUGAUUUCGUUUGAUGCCACGUGCAGCACGAACAGGUACAACUUGGUGUUCGUCCCAUUUACUGGAGUAGACAACCACAAACGAUGCAUCACUUUUGCCGCGGACCCUGCUAUGAAGAUUGCUAUGGAGCAGGUUUUACCAGGGUGCCGUCACCGUUUUUGCAUGUGGCACAUUAUGACGAAGCUGCUGAUGGAGAAAUACAACUUAUCUGAUCACCGGUGGUUUAAAAAAUUAUAUGCAGAAAGGGAUCAUUGGAUUCCAGCUUUUUUUUCAGAUUUACCAAUGAGUGGGUUGGUACGCACCACAUCCCGGUCCGAAGCACAGAACAGUGUUUAUGGGAAGUUCACACGCCUCCACUCCAGUUUGGUAGAGUUCUACAUGCAAACCGAGAGCGUCCUUGACACACAACGCCACAAUCAAGCUAAACUAGAUGCACAGUGCGAGGGGUCCUUGCCCGAGUUUAAAACUCCCUUGGCGUUAGAGCGGCACGCUGCAGAUUUGUUCACGCUAACUAUUUUUUAUGCUUUGCAGAAAGAGAUUGAAGCUGCCUGCUUUUAUUGCGAAGUUGUGGGCAUCCAUGAAGAUGGGGGGACCAUUUAUUACAACAUCGGAGGAGAUUGCACCACCACGCACACUGUACAAUACGAACCGAGCGGGUGUAUUGCUUUUUGCAGCUGCAAGAUGUUCCAACGAUUGGGUCUAAUUUGCAGACAUAUGUUCCUAGUGUUCAAGUCUGCACAUAUAGAGCAAUUACCAUCCCAGUACAUUGUGGAACGUUGGCGCAAGCACCUAGGUUGUGGUGCAUGCAGAGGGCGGCGUUCUGAUGGUGACCCCCCAAAAUCAGGUGCCUCAGAACUGUGGUCUGAGAUACAAACAUGUGUUGGGAUGGUUGGUGAGAGCAUGGUCUGUCAGGCACGGAUGGUAGAGGUACUGAAAGAGUUGAGAGAUGAAUUCGCGAGUGACGGCACGAUCAUUUGCGAAGCAAAGGGCAACAGAGCCGCGAUCGAGGCAUUAUGUGGGGUCCAGCCACCCCCAUGUAUAACCAUUAAACCCCCGGCACAAGCUAAGAACAAAGGGAGUGGGAAGCGUAUUAAGAGCACCCGGGAGAUAGCCAUAGAGAAUAGCGGCAAAGCCGGCCGAAAGUGUGGGGUGUGCGGUGAAUACGCCCGUCACAACGCACGUAGCUGUCCUUCCAAGCAACGGGCACUUUAG